CGACGCCAGACUCCCUCUUAUUCGUCAGGAAUACAUACAGCCUCCACUUCCAUCAUGAAUUCUCGCGUGUUCGUCACUCUCCUCCUGUGCAGCUUCUGGGCCUCUGAGUCUCACGCCCUCUUGGGACCCGCUGCUGCCAUCACCACUGUCACUGCUUCUGCAGCGGCAGCUUUAGGCAUAGGUGCGUUGGCGGUGUUGAAAGGAGUUCUCUUUGGGAAGCAUCUAAAGCGCCGCUUCAGGAGGGACGUCAGUGCCACGGAAGAAGACGUUGCAUCCGAGAUUGCUGUGGCCCAGAAGAUGGACUCAGCCGGUUGCGUGGCCAAGCUAUUAUGCGAAAUCGAGGCCAUGUCUGCUGACCAGCUCACGCCAGCCAUGUCCACCUUCAAGUCCGCCUUCGAGAACAACCAGAACCUCAAGGGCUCCCGAGGCGUCUACGACCUGGCCAUCACCUUCGGCUCCAAGUUCGCCAGGAAAGACGCCAAGGCCUGCAGCGCCCUCUUCGAGAAUUGCGUCCUCGCCAGGGAUGAACUCUCCGCCAUGCUGGACUACUCUUUCUCGUGCUAGUGACACGCAUCACUUUCUCUAAGUCACGCAGAUUUGAAGAACUUUCUACUCAUAACAUUGGUUUUAUAAGAUGAUAGUUUCUGAAUAGAGUUUCCUGCACAGUAAGUGUAGAACUUGCCAAAACAACCCUUUCAUUCACAUUUAUCACAUAAUCAUGAUACGUUUUAUGUGAAA